UUAUGUAACUUUUAUUUAUUUAUUUUUUAAAAGUGAGAAUAUUAUUUAUGGUGUGCUAUCAUAUCGUCUGAGUAGUGAGCUGAACAGGGGCGAAGACUUCAGAAAAUGAGAUAAAUAGAGAACGACCUGUUGUUCCAAAAAGGAAAUAUUAAUUUCGCGAGAAUACUACACAACAGCAGUCAUCAUGGGAACGGAUAGUACAGGUUGUAUGCUGCUUCUUGCGGUAGAAGCGUUUAAAUCUAAAAACUUCGGGCUCGCAGCAGACAUAUACGAAUGUCAAAUGCUGCUCCUCCGUGACCCUGGUAAGCAGCAAGAUCUGUUGGUGAAACGAGCCGAUGCCCUGGCAUUUGCUGGCAAAUUGAACGAAGCUUUCGAAAUCUACCGAAAAGCGGCUGAAAUCGAGAGACUCCGACCAGUCCAUCUGGAGAAUCUUAUUAAAUAUCUCUCUAACAGUAUUAAAAUAAAUGAUGGGACACACAGUCAAAGCAACAGGCAGGAGACGAACUCUUAUUGCGUUGGAUAUGAUGCAUUUACCUGCAGAAUAUGUUAUAGAUUUCUAUACGAGCCAGUUACCUUGCCCUGUGGACACUGCUUUUGCAAAAAGUGCCUGGACAGAGAAAAAACGCCCGUCUGCUGCAAAGAGUGCAAUGACGUGACCAAAUGCAAUGAUGUGGACAAUUAUAGAGUGAAUGUUGUUCUUAGUAACUUGUUAUCAAAGUGGUUUCCAGUUCAAUUACUUGCUGUUCAUCUGAGACGUGAGGGGAAUGGACUAUAUUCAGAGAAAACGGAUUCUGCUUUGGAAAAAUACAACAAAGCAAUACAAAUAGCUCCAAGGGACCAUGUUCUGUACAGCAACCGAUCACAGAUGAAUUCCAGUCUGAAGAAUUACCAGGAUACCCUCCAUGAUGCAGAGAUGGCAUGCAAGCUCAUGCCUCGUUGGUCCAUGGGACAUAUUAGAAAAGCACAAGCUCUUGUCACUCUGGGGAAAUGUGAAGAAGUGUUAAGAGAGUACCUGGUCGUCAUUGCAUUAGACCCUGAGAGUAAACUGGCAAAAACAGAGGCGCAAAAUAUUCUGAGUGAUCUCCUGGCCCCUGUCACUGAUCAAGUACACAGAAGAAUCCUGGACUGCACAAGUCUACUAUCUUCCAGAAGUAGAUUUAAAGGUGACGCUCUGAACACCUCAAGCUGCAUCAUCACCACAUCUUACAAGGAAUACAAGAACAUCAUCGCCUCUGACGAGAAGUUGACGUUGUCGCCCACGAUGAGUGAAUCUAAGACAGAUGGCUCGUUUGAGACAUGCAGCGGAAAGAAAAGAGAAAAUCAGGUGAAUGUCUGCCAUCCCAGCGUCACCAACAGGAGCGUCUUCCUCAAACGUAGCUCGUCUGAGGACAGCCAAUUGGACAGUAGCGACAUCUGCAAGCGUUCCAGAUAUGAAGUGACCCAGAAUGAACAGGCAACUUCCUGGAGUACAGUGCUUGCUGGCCUCAUAGACCCGACUGACCUGGAGUGUUCUCUGUGUAUGAGGCUCUUUUAUGAACCAGUCACCACUCCUUGUGGACACACCUUCUGUCUGAAAUGCCUCGAGCGAUGUCUGGACUACAACCCCAAGUGUCCUCUCUGCAAGAUGGAUCUGAAAGAGUAUCUGUCAGAAAGUAAAUACAACAAGACUGUCUUGGUGGAGAACCUCAUCUGCACGUAUCUGCCAUCCGAGCUCAUAGAUAGGCAGAAAGUCAACGCGGAGGAGAUUGCAGACUUAUCGAAUCUAAACAAGAACGUGCCUAUAUUUGUUUGCACCAUGGCCUUCCCCACAGUUCCAUGCCCUCUUCACGUCUUUGAGCCCUGCUACCGGCUGAUGAUCCGCAGGUGUAUGGAGAUGGGCACCAAGCAGUUUGGAAUGUGCCUCGAUGAUAACCUCAAAGGAUUUGCAGAUUAUGGUUGCCUCCUGGAGAUCCGAAACGUGGAAUUCUUUGCAGAUGGCCGCUCCGUUGUUGACACCAUCGGGAAAAGAAGGUUUAAAGUCAUUGAGCACCACCAGAGAGAUGGGUACAACACAGCAGACAUUGAAUACCUGGAAGACAUUAAGGUGGAGGGUGUGACAGAGAAGGAGCUGCAGAGUCUACAUGAUGCAGUGUACGACCAGGCCUUAAUCUGGGUCAACUCCCUCAGAGCAGAACAGAUGGAGAGGAUCGUGGGUCACUUUGGGCCCAUGCCGGAGAAAAACUCUGAACCACAGGCCAGCCCCAAUGGGCCGUCCUGGUGCUGGUGGCUGCUGGCAGUCCUUCCUCUGCAGGGUCGAGCCCAGCUGCCCUUCCUUGCCCUGACCUCCCUGAAGGACAGACUCAGUGGCAUCCGCAGAGUACUCCUCUUCAUGACCCGCAACCGCUCCUCUCGGUGACUCCAACCCUCACACAACCAUCCAUCUCCUCCCUGUGGAUGUCUGUUUUGUCAGAAAGACCAAAUGUUAACGAAAGCCUUCUGCGUAAAUAGGUUAUUGGCAAGUGGGCUUUGAUUAGAUUACCAAAAUGUGAUGCUGAUUAUUUCUUCCUUCCAAGGAUUAGAAGAGGAUAUUUAUGGACUGAAUCAGUGUGCUUAAUCAGUGUCCUUUAAAGACAAUAAUGAUUUUCUUUAUUUUUUUCUUUAUUUUUUCUUUAUUAUUUAUAAACACAGCAUGUGCAUGUAACAUGUUUACAUGCCUGGGAGGGAUGACAAACUCUAAACUAUUACAUAAAUAACUUUUUUUUCCAUAGGGUUUGUUAACCACCACAAAUGACAUGCUAUCAAAACCAAAACCCCUGAAAAUGUAGAAAGUGAGUUAACAAAAUGCCGAUACAGAACAAGUUCUGCUGCUGCUUUAACUCUAUCAUUCAGAUAACCGGAUUUCCUCCCUGUUCUGGUGGAGAUGAGUGUGAUACACCUCCAGUUGAAUGGGGCGAUCUCCUACUUACGAUGGAAUGUGUAUUGUUAUUUACAUGACCUACUUUGCAGCAGCAGCAUAAGUGAUACUCACAUGGUGAGCAAAGAUGGGUCGUGGGAUUUGCCUUUAAGAAAGGAAAACCUUUUUAAUUGUUUUGUUGGACAUUACAUGAUUCUUUGUCUGACACUUUAAAAAAAAAACUAGUUUUCUGCUGUUGUUUUUAUGUUAUGAUGAUCACCUUUUUAUACAGACAAUGUUGAACCAGGAUGGUUAUGUUGUUGUUAAAUCUUGUGGAAAUGUGUUAAUGAACAACUAUUAUGUUUUGUAUUCCAAGGGCCAAGUGUAGGUUAUUGUAUUCAUAUAGGGCUGCCUUGUCUCUUAUUAUUUGCAACAUUAUAUGGUCAUAAAUUAGAGAUGACGCACGUGACGAACAAACUCAGAGUGAUUUUGCAAUAAUGGUUUCCACUUGUGCAGCGUGAUUCCUGUCUUGUAUACAAAAGACAACGACAUGAAUGUGAACAUGCAAAUAACUGUAGACGAGGGAAAUAUCAACUUGUAGAGCGUGCAGGAUUUAUCAGCCUUGUCACUCUUACCAUUUUCUACUAUUCUCAGUUUGGUUUUAGAAAAACGUUUUGCAUUAGGUUGUCCUGACCUAAGCCCAAAACACUCUGAAAUGAUUUUCCGAACACACAUUACAGUCAGAUGAAACAGGCAGCAGUCUAACCAUUCUAAAAGCUCACGAAGGAGUUGGAAUAGUUAUUUCUGACAUUUGAACGGUCAUCUUGUCAUAGCAGUUGUUGUCCACUGGCAGUCCUCAUAAACGGUAGCAUCAAACACUCAGUGAUUUCGAAUCUUUUUCAACAUUUAGUGCCUUAAGUUGGAUUUCUUCCAUGAUGCCAGUACCAUAAAGCUCAAACUAUGUAGCAGAAUUAAGGGUUCACGGUAGCGUUCCACCGAGGAAGACUUGGCUUAAAUUCCAAACUAUUACUGAGGAGAAAAACAGUAAUUUAAACAAUUCCAGUCCUGGUUUAUUGUGAGUAUUGUUGUUGUUACAAAUAUUGGUAUUAUAUUGUGUAUUUUAUCCCAACUAAAUGAAAAUCAUCUCAACGCAAGAACACAAUUUGAGUAUUUUCAGCUGGACUUUCAGAUACAACAACAACGUUGUAUCUUCCUGUCCUUUUUGAAUUCCACAUUGAACCUUGCUCUAAUGAUUGAAGCCUUCUACCUCUGUCACACUGACCUCUAGCUCUUCCACCACAGAACAUGCUAAUUCAAAUGGACAUGUCAUUUGUUUCUAUGGAGAUGAGGUGACCACGGAUGAAGUCUUUUUUGGGUGAUUGUAUAACACAGGUAUAAUUGCCUCGAACUGUAUGUCUUUACAAAAAAAAUGGAAUGUAUGUUGUAGGCAUCUUAUCCGACGUUAUAUUUCUGUUUUGAUGGAAAUGUAGUCAUUGCAAUGUUAUACAAUGUACAGAAAACAUACGUCUGAAUAAAAAAGGCACUUAAUUAGUGGAAUAAGAGCUAAACCGA